CAUCUCACCAAGGUCGACAACCAGCACUGCAAAACAACCUCGAGUGGCCAGCUCUGCGCCGAAAUGCUCCCAUAGGGUUUACACCGAUCAUUGAGCAUGGACGAGUCCGCUCCCAAGAGGCGGAGGGUUUCUCCCCGCCUCAGCAGAGAGCGCGACGAAGGCAAUAACGAAUCGACCACACCGCCGGACCCUCCCCCACCACGGUCGCGAAUCCCCAGGAGACCAUCCUUUGCGUCGCCAACUAGAGCAAGCCUUUCCCGGACGAAUCCCGAUAUCCUACGAAGAAGAAGUCGAAGCCUGAGUCCGUCAAAGGCAGGUAGCAGCAACCCGUCAACGCAGUCUACCACCCAAGACGUCACUGGCGAGGGUUCAGCUGCCCAGGCCGAGACCCAGGCAGAGCGAUUCUUAGAGAAAGGGCCUGCGCGCCCAAGGAGUAACAUGUCUGGGUCAAUUGCAGUCGAAUCAACCAACUUGGGCUCUCCAGCACGGCGGAUGGCUCUUGAGUCGAGGGUCAGCGGUGCUUUGGCGUCUAGACCACGCCGGUCCGGCGGCAUUCCCAUUCCCAGGCCACUUCCCGAACCCGGACCCAACGAUGAUGAGGACUUCAACCCUUUCGCUGGACGCGUCUUGAACCGUACACCCCCUCGCCAUGGUACCGCUCUUGGAAGAGCACCUCUUCGUCAACCUCAACCCGAACCUGAGCCUGAACUUGAUCAAGAGCCUGAACUCCCGCCGACGCCCACGCAGAGGGGCCAGGCUGACCCUGUCGUCACGACACCUCCUCGCGGCAUACACGAUACGCCCUCGAAAAAGAAGCGGCGGAAUGCGUCACCGUCUAAGAGCUCGCCACUGAAGCAACCGCCUCUCCGACCACCCGAGUUUUCUCAAAAAGCGCAGGACCCCUCCAAAAAGGCCUUGGCACGAGCCGCGCGAGAGAAGAGCCCGACUCAGACUGCAAAGCAGACAAGAUCAACAAAAGGCCCUUCAGGGACACACGAGGCGCGUGGGAUACCAGUGCCUGAUCCCUACGCAGAGCUCAAGGAGACAAGGGACGCGCUUCAGGCGCUACUCGCCAAGUUGGAGGCCGACCUGGAACUUGCAACCGAUGAGAACGAGCGGAUACGUAAGGCGCAAGCUCGUCGUUCAGGUGAUGUGCAGCCUUUGGGCCGUUCCCGUCAAAACCAACUUCUCGACUUGCUCCGCAGUCAUCUUGUGCCCCCUGAGAAGGAGGCCAAGCCAGAUGUUGCGCAAGGAUGGUUCGACAUGGCAAUGAAUCCAACAUCAUGGCUUUCUUGCGGAUCUCUUGGGCAAGCUCAACUGUCUCUGUCAAAGGAAGAGCCAGAGCAAAUCGCCGCUCCGACUUCCCACCACCCCAUAGCGAUGACGGCCAUCGAUGAGCUUCCAUACCUUCAGGCCUUCACCCCCUUUGAAUUUGCAGCAACGACGAUCAUGCUGCCGAAAGAAAGUGACUCUGAUCCUUUACUUCGGAAACACAACAUCGUCGUCAGAUCAGCUCAUCCAGCGGGCCUGUUCAUGGCGAAGAUGGAAAUGACCGUCGACACCGAGAAUCUCCAAAUCAAGGAGCUUGCAGUGCCUCGCCUGGACCCUGCCGCUGUCGCGGAACUCGGCCCCUUUGUUGAAAAGGUCACAAUCGGAGGCUCCAACACUCACAUGAACCGAAACGUCAGCAUAGUCACUUGGGCUAUGUCUGAGUGGUACAGAGUCGCCGUCGACAGAGCGAAUGUUUGGCACACGCUCGACACCGAACUCGGCGACAAGGAGAAACUGGCACAGAGCGUGGCGAGGAUACGGACAAGACGCAAAAAGCGAAGGAGAAGGGAUGACGAAGAGGAAGAUAGUCAAGAUGCGGAUGGUGCCGCCGAAAGGAAUCGGAGCCAGAACCUGCCUCGUUCAGUACUGCUGCCUCAUCUUGGACGAACAGCCUGGGAGAUUCCGAUACCAGGUGCCGUGAAGGAAGAAACAUCGUGUUUGAGAUUACAAUGGCGGAUCGACUUUGACUGGACGGGCGAGGCGCAAAGCAAGGUCGGGUUGGUGAUUGGCAUGCCCGGCAAGUGGCAUUUAGGUGACGAGCGCGGUUCAUUGGCGGCAGCGUCCAAGGUAUUUGAAAGAUUCGUGCAGGGUAACGAGGGACCGAUGACGGCUGUACGAACUGUCGUUGCAUUGCUGGCGGGAGACGCGUUGUCUUGAGGAUACCUGGUUCCAUGCAGUAUUGCCUUCUAUAGUAAAACCUUUGUGCUUUAGAUGGGCGUAUCAUCACAAUGUUAAUGUUUGCGCAAUCCAGCGGCUUUCCCAUUCAUCCUCUCCAUAUCACGCUCGUCGACCAGGCACAUCAAUUACCUUGUCGUGAUGUCAGUGUCUAGUAAAAAUGUAAACGAAAUUACCGCCCACCUAUGUUAGUAAUGGGGAGGC